GGCCACCUAUCUGUGGCACUCUGAAAAUCAAUGGAAUAGACUGGGGGAGCUAUUCCGAUCAAUCGAUCGAGAGGAGCGAAGCAGCUUUACCGUGUUUACGAGAAAGAAAUUCAACUACCACGGACCGGAACAUAAUCAGACUGAGACUUGAAUUCGAUCUUCAUUCUCCCACUACGCGGUCUUCUCGUAUGAGAUCUUUCGGAUCGGUCCUGAUGCCGGGACGGAGCCGUAUGAGAGGAGAGUGUAUACUCUUUCACUCCGGAGCGAGACCAAAGUUCAAGAAGUUGAGUGGUCCCCUCUCUCUCUCUGAAAAGAAAAUAGAGGGGAGUUGGCUGAUAAAGAUGGACAGUGACGAUUGCGUAAUAUCAAUUUCUCGGCCUCGUCAUCGAAAGCGGCUGAACAUUUCUCUCCAAUUCUAAGCUAUAUGGGGGGCUUGGAUGGUGAGCAAAAAGAAUUGAUCAAGAAGUUGGUAAACUUUCGCAUGAAAGAAGGUAAAAGAACGAGAGUUCGUGCUAUUGUUUAUCAAACUUUGAAUCGCCCAGCUCAAACUGAAGGCGAUGGAAUCAAACUGAUGGUUGAGGCCGUAGAGAAUAUAAAGCCCAUAUGCGAAGUCGAAAAAGUAGGAGUAGCAGGUACUAUUUAUGAUGUCCCUGGGAUUGUAGCCAGGGAUCGUCAACAAACCUUAGCUAUUCGUUGGAUCCUUGAAGCAGCUUUCAAACGACGUAUAAGCUACAGGAUAAGCUUAGAGAAAUGUUCAUUUGCUGAGAUACUGGAUGCUUACCGAAAGAGGGGAAUUGCACGUAAGAAAAGAGAGAAUCUUCAUAGACUGGCUUCCACCAAUCGAAGUUUCGCGCAUUUCAGAUGGUGGUAAAGUAGAGACCACAUAAUAGAUAAUAGAAUAUUUAUUCCUCAUUCAGUCAGAUUAUGAAGUCAGAUAUGCUUUGACCCAGCCUCCGCCUUCUGAUAUUUGGAGUCUGAAUAUAGAAAGCCAGCCUUCCUCAUACUCCUCCCUUCAUUCAUUAUUCAUUGAGUUGAGAGGAUAGGCUUGAUGAAGGAGGCCCGCCCCUUAUGCAUUGCAUGAAAGAACCGAACUUUGUAUGACUUCUCUUUUGCCUCAGGAAAAAUGAAUACGAAAGGGAGAUCAAUCAAAAAAGAGGCCAUGAAUUCAGAAGUAGUGGGCCUUUCACCCUCUCUUUCUGACUCGGGGAGCUGAU